CAUAUGAAGCUCUCGUCUCGCUCGCUAUAUUCUAGAUUGUUCCUUUCUCAAAGUAUUUUAUAAAUUUAAUGCGCGACAUCUAUCGCGGAUCUAAUAUCACGGGUGCAACACCUGUAUGCAUGGGGUUUCUCAUUAACACAACAGAUAUUACGUCUGAUAAAACACAUAAUUGAAUUCAAAAGUUCCUGAAAAUAAAUAAUUUUGAAUAUUUGGUUAAAGGUGCUGUGCUGUUAGUGUUGUCAGAAUAACCCCGGCGGGUCGUGUUGGAUUCGGCCGCGCGGGAUAUCAUCAUCGACACACACCACCGAGGCCGUGUCCCGUGUGGAAAGUGUCCUUUUUUUAAUGGAUCCUACUAUCGGCUGGUAUCAACCGGAGCAGUUCGGGCCAGCGAAAGAUUUGUGGCUGGAAAUUUGGGUUGCGGAAAAAGGCCUUGAUUCAUUGACAUUAAAAAACGAAAACAGCAUAAUAGGCUGCGGUGGUGGUGUUGGUGUUGGCGGAGGGACGGGUAAUAGUAACAGUAACAGUGUAGUUACUAGUGUUGGUGGUGGUGGUGGUGGUGGUGGUGUACCAACAGCAAUGGCUACUACUGGCAACAAAACCGCUCAGGAUUUUAUUUCACUCGACAGCCACACAACCACGAGCAUCAACAACCGCGUUAAUGAGGAUCAACGCAACACAACGAAUCAUCGUAAUCAAAUAGUAGCGACAAAUAUUUAUUACAACCCAUCCCGAAGGAAAAACGACAACCGAGCAAGUACUUAUGGUAUGAACUACAAUCAGGACUCGCUGAUCGGCAUGUACGGAGGGUGUCCUUGGCGUAUUCCCAACAAGCAUUACAGCGCGGGAAUUAUCGGACUCCAUGAAGAAAUAGUUGAUUUCUACAACUACAUGUGCCCGACAAUUGAAGAGCACAAUUUGCGAGUACGUGUUGUCAGGCGAAUUGAGACAAUUAUUUAUGAGCAGUGGCCAGAAUCAAAAGUUGAAGUAUUCGGAAGUUUUCGUACUGGUCUCUAUUUACCCACAAGUGAUAUUGAUCUGGUUGUUAUCGGAAGAUGGGCGAACCUUCCGUUGUUUACAUUAGAAAAUAAAUUCCUGGAAUACGAUAUUGCAGAACCGUCCUCGAUAAAAGUGCUGGACAAGGCUAGUGUACCAAUAAUUAAACUAACGGACAAAGAAACUGAUAUUAAAGUAGACAUUAGUUUUAAUAUGAGCAAUGGUGUUAAAUCUGCGGAACUUAUAAAAGACUACAAGCGACAUUUUCCAGUACUUGAUAAACUUGUACUGGUUUUAAAACAAUUUUUAUUACAGCGAGAUCUUAAUGAAGUUUUUACGGGAGGAAUAUCUUCCUAUAGUCUCAUUCUUAUGACAAUUAGUUUUCUGCAGUUACAUCCUAGACAGAAUGCAUCUGAAAAUUCUAAUUUAGGAGUUUUACUUAUCGAAUUUUUAGAAUUAUACGGUAGAAAAUUUAAUUAUGUUAAGACUGGAAUUAGAGUGAAAGAAGGUGGUACUUACAUUUCUAAAGAAGAGGUUCAACGAGAUAUGAUUGAUGGACAUCGACCAUCAUUGUUAUGUAUCGAAGAUCCCUUGACACCCGGCAAUGAUAUCGGACGUAGUAGUUACGGAGCUCUCUAUGUUAAAGACGCAUUUGAUUGGGCUUACCAUGUACUUUCACAAGCUGUAAAUCCAACAAACUCCAUAGAUACUAUGAAAUAUAGUAUAUUGGGACGAAUAAUUCGAGUUACUGACGAAGUUAUCCAGUACAGGAAGUGGAUUAAAAUGACAUUUCCCAGUUCCGUCCUUGAAUUAGAUUCAUUGUCUAGCUCAACUGGUUCAGAUGCUUCGACUCUUUCUGCGCCAGCCAGUGAUACCGACUCAGAACACAGCCGCGGUAAUUCUCCCAACACCGGCGGACAAAUAGAGGAUCGUAAUAGAGAUCGCAAUAUAUACAAUAAUCAUCAGAAUAAUCAGUACCCGCAAACUCAUUGGAAAAAAUCAUACAAAACUGGCCAUGUAAAUCAUCAACACAACUCCAGGGGCAUUUACCCACGUGGGAUAAAUAACAACACCCUCGGGCAAAAUAAAGUUAAGAAUUCUUCACAUCACACCAAUGGCAGCAUUAACAACAACAACAAUACCAGCAGUAACAACAACAAUAAUAAUAUUAUUAAUAAUAAUAAUAAUAACAAUAGCAGUAGUAAUGCCGGAAGUCAGAGUCCUGGAACGAGGAUCCAAGCGCAGAAACGUAAGAAGACUUUUAGCAACCGUACACCUGGUGACUGCGUGCGGUGAUGAAAUGUUGUGUGAGUUUUUUGUUGUACAUUGCGAGGUAUUUCAAGUGACUAAAAAUAAUCUAGGAAUUUAAGAAAAAAAAAAAAAAAGUAAUUUCUGCCAGACGAAUUAAAGUUCCUCAGGUAAAUCCGCGAGGCUAAUCGUCAAAAUUACACUUUGAUUUAUUUAUUAAACUAUUUAAUAACGUACAGACAUACAAAACUGUUACACAUAUUGUGAAUAAUCUUAGCAAUAUAUAUUAUAUACAUAAUAAUAACAAUUACAUAUUUACCAUACGGUCUAGAGUUGAUGAAAAAAAAAAAAAAUGUGUAUGAUAUUGAGUUUAUCGUCUCGUAGUUAUUAAAGAAUUUCUGCAUUUUAUUUCGUAUAAAAAAAUGACAAAAAGCAAAAAAAAUAUAAAAAAUAACGAAGAUAUAAAUAUAUAUAUAAAGAAAAAAAAAAAUAACAUUAAUCUUAAGCAUUAUUUGACUAAAAUAAUUUUGAUAUUUUUUUCGAUGUAAUGUCCGAUUAAAAUUUUUAAUUAUUAUUAAUAUUUAAUUAUAGUAAUCAUUAUUAUCUAUGAUAAUUAAUAAUUAAUUGGUUCUUAACAAGUUUGUGAAAAAUGAACCAAAGAAUUUUUUUUUUUUUUUUUCGACAUAAAUAUUUAAAUAUCCCAUGGAUUUUAUGAUAUGAUUAAUUAAACUGUCUCCAGUUUUCACUGUGAUUUAAUUAUUUAACAAUUUUAACCGUCGUCCGUUUGUAUUAUUUAGUUUUUUCUUAACGAACAAACUCGGAUAUAUAAUCGGUAGUUAAAUUUUAAAUUGUUAAAAUUAUUAAUUAUUUAAUAAUUAAAUUUAUAAAUCGAUUACUGCGAGACAGUGCGUUUUAUAUAAAUAUUAUUUUUAUCGAAGAUAGUAUUAAUUAAUAUGCACUAUCAUCGCAACUGUCUAAAUAAGCAAUUGAUUGUGUUCAUAUUUAAAAAAUUAAAAACAAUAUUCUCCAUAUACGGGAAUCAUGUGUGAAAAUGCAUUGCCAUGAAAAAAAAAAAUAAUAAUUAUAAUAAUAACUAACUUAUCUCGUUAAUAUAAUCAAUUGUACGUUUAUUAUUAGUAUUUUUUAUUAUUCUUACUCGGGAUCGUACACUUUAAGAUAGAAAACAAAUUUAAUGUAACACUUUUUUUCCCUUUUUUUAAUGCAACUGUAGUUUAAAAAUAAUAACAAACCGCGUUAGUUUUUUACAAAAGCAUAAUAUGUACAUAUAUAUUAGGGUGGUCUUUAAAAUUUAAUUUUCUUAGGCGCCUUAUAAAAAGCUUCUUUUUAGUGAAAAAAUACCGGGGGAAUUUGGUUUUUUCUUUUUCGUAAAAAAGAACACGUGCAUCCAGACGAUCAAUCAAUUUUCGAUACGAUCGCGGUUUUUUUUAAAUAUCUCAUGAAAUAUGCAGAUUAGAGGAAAAAAUCAGAGGAACAAUUUUGUAGGAAAUUAAAUUCUUGACAAAAAAGGUUCUAUUCAUUUUUUUUAUAAAAUGUGUAUUUACGAAGAUAUUUUAAAAAAAACUUUUUAAUAUUCGUACUCCUGUAAAUGCUCAAUUGAUAAAACAAAAAAGUUUUUUUAAAAUAUCUUCGUAAAUACGCAUUUUAUAAAAAAAAUGAAUAGAACCUUUUUUGUCAAGAAUUUAAUUUCCUACAAAAUUGUUUCUAUGACUUUUUCCUCUAAUCUGCAUAUUUUAUGAGAUAUUUUAAAAAAACCGCGAUUGUAUUGAAAAAUGAAAUUUGAUCGUCCGGAGGCACGUGUUCUUUUUAUUUGAAAAAACGAAACCAAAUUCCCCGCUUAUUUUUUCACUCAACAGAAGCUUUUGAUAGAGUGUCUGAGAAAAUUUAAUUUUUAACGACCACCUUAUAUAUAUUAUAGUAAUUUUCUUUGAUUUAUCCAACGUCAAAAAAUGCCGCCACAUUUAAAAUUGAUAAUUAAAUAAUUUAAAAAAAGAAGAAAAAAAAACUAAGGAUUUACCUGUUUGUAAAUAUUGUAAAUGGAAAUGAAUUGAUUAAAAAAAUGAAAAAUUUUUAAAAAAUCUUAUCGUUUAGUAUACAUGUAUAAAUAUAUAUUUUUUUUUAUUUAUAAAAAAAAAUUAAUUUAAAUUCCAUGAAAAUAAUUUUUUUUUUUGCGCGUGAAAAAUUUUUACUUAUGGAUUAAUAAUUUUCCAUAUUUGUAAGUAAGGAAAUAAUAAUAAAAGAUAUAAAUUCAUCUUCUUCCUUUUAUCUAAAGUAAAAAUUAUAAAUAAAUAACUAAAAUAUGUAGGAUAUAUUUUUUCUCAUAAAAUAAUAAAAAUGCUUGAUAAUAAAGAAAAAAAAAAUGGAAAAUAAAAUAUGUAUACUAAGCUAUUUCCUAACUAAUAAAUAAAUGAAUAAAUAAAAAGGUUUAAAGAGUAAAGAUUUAAAACAAUGUAAGGUAUUGUCUGAUGGAUGGAUUUUAUGUAUGAGUGAUAUAUUUUGCAUGAAUGGAGCCUAAAUAGAUUAUUAACGCUAUUGUAAUUUUUAUUUAAUAUGUAUAAACUUACAAGACUGUAUAGAAUGAAAAAAAGUGAAAAAUUCAAAAGAAAAAAAUUUAAAAAAAGAAGAAAAAAAGCAAAAAAAAUAUAAUAAAAAUAAAUAAGCGGUCUUUGUAAGAUAUCACUUUAUUUAUAUACAAUACUGUAUCAUAAUCUCAAGUACAAACAUAUAGUUCAUUACGUUUCUUAAUAAAAUCAAAAGGCUUCUGCCUAAACAA